CGGCAAAUGCUCUUGUGUGAAACUCCGCAAUUUGUAUAAUUGCCAGCCGAUUACCUCAAGUUCCAACGGUUCAAAGUCACACUUUGGGUUAAUUUUCCCUCAGGAAUAGCCAGUCGCAAAUGUCGAACACGAUCAAGGACCUUGCGGCUGGAACGGCUGGAGGGAUAGCUCAGGUCCUUGUUGGACAACCCUUCGACAUCGUGAAAGUGCGCAUGCAAACUUCGGCAAAGGGCACUUACAGUGGCAUGCUGCAUUGCGCUGGCGGUAUCUUGAAAAAUGAAGGGCCUCUGGCGUUUUAUAAGGGCACUUUAACGCCAUUGCUGGGAAUCGGUGUCUGUGUAUCGAUACAAUUUGGAGUCCUCGAGUAUGCAAAGCGCAUAUUCACGGUUCAGAAUCUCGCUAGAGGUGAAGGGGGAGAAGAAGGGAAGAUGUUGAGUGGGGGGCAGCUGGUCAUUGCUGGGGUUGCGGCAGGGCUUGCUAAUGGCGUAGUCUCUGGUCCAGUGGAGCACAUUCGCAUUCGUCUGCAGACGCAGUCAAAUACUAAUCCAAUAUACAAGGGUCCAUUUAACGCAAUGAAACAAAUUGUCUCACAACACGGCAUUUCUGGACUAUUUAAAGGACAAGCUGUCACCUUUCUACGUGAAGCGACAGGCUAUGGCGUCUAUUUCUUGGCAUACGAAAAGCUUGUACAACGCGAAAUAACCCAAAAGGGAAUACGACGGGACCAGAUCAACCCUAUGAACUCUAUUCUGUAUGGCGCAGCAGCUGGAUACGCACUUUGGGCAGUGAUAUACCCUAUAGACAUGAUCAAAUCUAGAAUGCAGACCGACGGAUUUACCCCGUCUACUGGACAAAAAUAUGCUUCGGCACGGGAUUGUGUGCGGAAAGUUUGGAGAAGCGAGGGAAUCAGCGCAUUUACACGUGGUUUGGGGCCCACUUUGAUUCGUUCACCAUUUGCGAACGGGGCGACAUUCCUUGGAUUCGAGAUGGCUAGCAGACUGCUGUAUUCAUAAUUAUUGAGGAUUCAUCUCCUACACGUCAAUGCGAGACGCUCGGUGGUCACACUGUUGGAUCAGUCCGCUCAUAUUCUCAUAUUUUAGAUCGGACUAGAUCAAUAAUAUGCAAACAAACGAGUUUCCCUGUGUCU